AGAGGGCGCGCUUGCAUCCUAAUCUUCCUUUUCAGCAUCUCUUCUGGCUGUCUGGCUUGAUCCAUCUGUCUCGUGUUUGAGCCCAGGCCAUCAUCACCAGAUACCCCCUAUUUUGGAAUUUUUAAUUUUCAAAAAGAAGAGGGACUAUUUUUGGUGCACAGUCAGCAUUAAUUUACGGUUCAGCAUGUGUCCACAUGAGAACUCCGCAAAUCAAAGGUAGUUUGAAGUGAACAGCCACCAUCCUUACCUUCAAUCUCAAGAAACAAAUUUGACUGAAACCUCUCAAAAUUUCUUUAGAAAACGCCUGGAGUGUAAACCGAUUAAGAGAACACAAGCGAACCGAAGGCGCUAAGGAUUAUGCCAAUAUAGGCUCCUGGGUUUGUGCAUAAUCUGAAGGUGCAGUGUUUGUUCCAGUGUAUUUGAAACCAUGGCCAACCACCAUCACAACAACAUUUACCAACAGGGAGAUGGAGACAGCUAUGGGACUUACGGCCAAGGAGGAUCGGAUAGCUACGUUUAUCAGACUGACUACCCUCCCCAGGAGGAAGAUGCCGCCAGUGAUGUCACUGAGGGACACGAUGAAGAAGAUCAGAUAUAUGAAGGGGAGUACCAGGGCAUUCCGCACCCAGACGAAGUCAAGGCUGCCCGAAGGGUGGCGAGGGCAAAAGCGAGAACCGUGACAGACACAAUAUCAGAACAGGAAGAGCUGGCGGAACAAUAUGAGGACAUAAUGGAGGACUGUGGACAUGGGAAGUUCCAGUGGACUCUGUUUGUGGUGCUGGGCUUAGCUCUCAUGGCGGACAGCGUGGAGUGCUUUGUAGUGGCCUUGGUGCUGCCCAGCGCAGAGAAAGACAUGUGUUUGUCCCACGCUGAGAAGGGAAUGCUGGGUUUGAUUGUAUUCUUGGGAAUGAUGCUUGGGGCGUUUAUUUGGGGUGGUCUGGCUGACAAAGUGGGCCGACGGAAAUGUCUGAUCAUCGUCCUGGCCAUGAACUGCAUUUCCACCUUCUUCUCAUCAUUCGCCCAGGCGUACAGCUUCUUCCUGUUCUUUAGGCUGUUCUCUGGCAUUGGUAUUGGGGGCUCUGUCCCAAUUGUGUACGCAUACUUCUCUGAGUUCCUGCAGAUGGAUAAGAGGGGGGAGCAUCUCAGCUGGCUUUGCAUGUUCUGGAUGAUGGGAGGCAUCUAUGCCUCCUUUACCGCCUGGGGCAUCAUCCCUAGAUAUGGUUGGGGUUUCAGUAUGGGCACAGAGUUCCAGUUCCAUAGCUGGAGGGUGUUUGUACUGGUCUGUGCUCUCCCAGCAAUCAUAGCUUUUGUUGGGCUAAUGUUCAUGCCGGAGAGCCCACGCUUCCUGCUGGAGCAUGCAAAACAUGAUGAGGCCUGGAUGAUCCUAAAACAGGUUCAUGACACCAACUGGAGAGCAAAAGGAGAACCUGAGAGAGUGUUUACUGUAACUCAAAUUAAGACUCCAAAAACACAGGAUGAUGAGUUUAUUGAGAUUCAAAGCGCAACUGGAACUGCUUUCCAGCGAUGGGUGGUUCGGACUCUGACACUGACCAAGCUGAUCAUCAGGAAUGUUUUGUCCCUCUUCGGUCGUGAUCUAAGAAUUGCAACUCUGCUAAUGGCCAUCAUUUGGUUCACAAUGGCAUUCAGUUACUACGGCCUUUCAGUGUGGUUUCCUGACAUGAUCAAGCAUCUACAACAUGAGGAGUAUGAAUCCAAGCUGAAAGUAUUUCACAGGGAGAAGGUUGAACGAUUUCAUUUCAACUUCUCCUUGGAGAAUCAAGUUCAUAAAGAGGGACAAUACAUCAACGACAAGUUCAUCAACAUUGAGAUGAAGUCAAUGAAGUUUGAAGACUCUCUGUUUGUGGAUUGUUUCUUUGAGGACAUUAUAUCCACAGAAACAUUCUUUGAAAACUGCACCCUCCGUGACACUGUGUUCAAUAAAACAGAUUUAUAUGAAGAGAAGUUCAUUGACUGUACAUUCGAGAAUGUUACUUUCCUGCACAACAAGACAGGAUGCCACCUGGACUAUGAUGAGGAGAAUGACGUUCUCAUCUACUUGGUCAGCUUCUUAGGUAGUUUGGCUGUGCUGCCUGGAAAUAUAAUCUCGGCACUCUUCAUGGACAAGAUUGGAAGAAUCAAGAUGAUAGGGGGUUCAAUGCUUAUAUCAGCUGGCUGCACCUUCUUUCUGUUCCUGAGCUUCAGUCAGGCAGCCAUCAUAGCCUGGCAGUGUCUUUUUUGUGGGGUUAGUGUAGCAGCAUGGAACGGUAUUCAGGUCAUCACCGUUGAGCUCUACCCCGCUUCAAAAAGAGCCACCGCGUUUGGAGUCUUAAAUGCCACUUGUAAGUUGGCGGCCAUAUUGGGGACAUCAAUAUUCGCCUCAUUUGUAGGCGUUACCAAAGUUAUCCCCAUUCUCCUGUCUUUUGGUGCUCUGGUUGGUGGCGGAGUUUUGGCCCUGAAACUGCCCGAAUCCAGGGAGAAGAUCUUGCUGUAAGAAUUUAAAGCCAAAACAUUGGUGCAUCCCAUUAGACAUGACUAUUAAUAUGGAUUUAACAACUGCAGGCAUGUGCAAAAUUGGGUUUAUUAAAAAAGUUGAAAUUGCUCCACAUAUUUACAAGAGAUUCUGCUUCAGAAUAUAUGUAAUAUUGUGUAAAAACUCCAAUGUUCAACUCCACGGACCAAAUGAUGGGUAUGUCCCUAGUCAACCAUUAAUGUAAGGAUUUGCCUGAUAUUUAAUAGAUGUUAAAGGAGCCUGCUGGAUAAUUUGCAGCCUCAAAUGCAGGUUAAACAAAUAUAGUUUUUAUAUAGCACUAGUUAUAUAGGUCCAGCAACCAUCCAAUGAAAAAAAAAAUCCCAGAUUUUCUUGGAUUGGGUAAUAAAUUAAAUUCUAUGUUGACAAGUCAUAGAACUCACAAUCCUGUGCCAUUUCUUGGUGGAACAAUUCAGGUACUGUUGAAGAUUUUCUUGUUUUCUUAUUCUUGUAUUCUGCCUUGCCACAAACAGCUAGCUUCUUACCCUCUGCCUUUGCUUAUAAUAUAACCUCUGCUAAAUAAACUUUUGUUUCUAUCCUUUUGUUCACCAAGUUUUCAAUGUCAAUGAGCAUUAUUUUAAUGUUUUUCGUCAAUUGUUCCUGUACGUUUGGAUACUCAGUGCCGAAAGUGAGUUUUGAGUAGUGUUUUUUAGGUCAUGGCAGAAGUCAAUACUUGUGCUUCCUUCAUGUUUUUCUUUUCUUUCUUUCUUUUUUUUUUUUAAUUAACUGUAAAUGCACAAUUUUGUCAGUGCACCUUAAAAAGCUACAGUAUGCUAUUAUUAUUAUUUUGUCACUUUACCUUGCCUUUCACACUAAAUGUGUUUUUUCUUAGUCUCUUUUUCUAUCGCUCUCUAUCUCUCUCUUUUAAUAUAUUCAUUUUUAUAAUUUUGAAUCCUGUGAAAUCCUGAUUAACUUAAGUGAACAAAAGCUAGUUAACUUGGACAGCGGUCCAUGAAAUGUAUUGACCAACUUGGACUUGUGGUUCACAGGGCCACACAGCUGUACUUUUUGUUAACUGAGUUGCAUGUGUGUAAUGUUUGUGUCUUUUUGUCAAUGUGUUGUUGGCAGCAAAAUGUCUGGAUGGUUUAAUGUAAUGUCUCACUGCAAAUAAAACUGGUUAGAUCAUA